AUGGGCGAGGCCAAGCCGACGUCCACGACGCGGGGGCAGCUGCCAGGCAUUCCGGCUUCAAUCGACCGCGUCUCCGCCGAGUGUAUUUGGAAAGCCUUCUGCAACAGCGAGCACGACUACGUGCGGCAUCGCAAGCUGAACCCGGCCAAGCCGCGCCAGCAGCUGUUGUCGCAACUCCAUGGCUUCGAAGUGGUCAAGAACGCUUCGUACAUCAGCGUCCGCAAGCAGAAGCCGACUGGCGAGGAGUUGCAGGGCUCGAUGAGCCGCUUCGUAGGCGAGGACACCAAGGAGAGAUAUGGGCCUCCGCAGUUUGUCAUGCCGGUUGUGGAGGUGACACCAGACCGUCCUCCCUUGCAGAUGCCGAAGUAUAACCGUUUCUCUUGCGAUCAUAUGUGCCCUUUGGAGGUGAACCCUGAAGCUUCGCAGACAGGAAAGACCCUGGCUCGGGUCAUGUCAGUGCCAGCUAUGAAAUAG